AUGUGCAUUGAUGCAUCGAAAAAAAAACCAGAGAAAGACAACAAAAAUAAAUUUUGUUUAUUGACUAGAACCAUGGCAGCGGAAAAUAUUACUGAAAAGAUUGUUGAAAAAGUCGAAUUAGCAGCGGAGGUUGGUACGAAAGUAGCGAACAUUGUUGGCAAUGCGUUCGAAUCAACGAUUGCCGAUGUGGAUCAUUCGUCAGGAGCGGAAGAAGACACAUGGCUAAGUUAUAUUCUAUCGUUCGGAAUACAUUUUGCUAUGAUAAUCAUUGUUAUUUUACUUAAAUGGCAAUACGAUCGUAAUCGAUACCGUUAUCCGAAAGGGCCUCGUGAUUGGCGAAACAUCAAAGAUGCCAUAUCUUUUCAUCGUAAGAAACGGGACAAUUUACUUGCACUCGCUACGGACUAUCCUGAUUCCUGUACAGUGAUGACUCAUGUCGGUCGUUUAGUUUUACUCAAUGACCCAAGACUGAUUAAUGAAAUAUUCAUCGGCCGUGCAGAUUUAGUCAGUAACAAAGUCGAUGGGUACCUUGAAAAUCAAUUACGUUACAAAGAAGGAAAACACAUUCGCACAGGCAUCGUCUUUCGUCACCAGGACCACAAUGCUCGGAUAAUUCACAAGGCUCUUGUUAAUCAUAUGGAUAAUGAUCUGGUCGGCAAACGACUCGACUCGAUUGUUCAAGAUCAGAUCAAACAAACGCAUUUGACGGAAAAAUUCGACGUGCGUCGAACGACAUUCUAUUUCAGUGUUCGCCUGUUAGCAAGAUUAACAUGUUCGUCAACAGCGGCAUCGAUCGAAGACAAAACUUUCGAGUUAUUCGAACAGAAUCUCUAUAAGAUUUCGAAAGCAAUCCACGCCGAUACAUUUGCCAAAUCAGCUAAAGUUAUGUUAACACAACUAACUGGUUUAUCUGAAACGUUAGAUAUCAAUGAGAAUGUGUUAGACUACAUCAAAACAUGGAUACGAUUCCGACGCGAUGAAAGCAGCGCUAUUGUAGGUCUAUCUGAAGAACAAGCGAUCUCAUCUUCGGCAAAAAAUAGAGAUUUUCUCAGUUCAAUUUUGGAUGUGCUCGAUGAGUCAUCACCGCGUCUCGAUGAAGACGAUAUUGCUGCUUGUGUACUCGACAUAAUCAUGCAUGGAAGUGAAAUGCUCAAAGGCGCACUUUCAUGGUUAUUACUCUAUGUUGCUAAAUAUCCUGAAGCAGCUGAUCAAUGCCGCCGAGAGGCACGAUCGAAAGGUUAUUCGUCGUUCAAUCUAUCAUCGGCUGAGUCUCUAGCUGUCACUGGAGCGUUUGUCAAAGAAGUUCUACGUGUUUCACCAGUUGUUCCAAUUGUCAUUCAUUCCACGUUAGAAGAUUUCAAAUGGCGUAACUUUCACAUUCAAAAACGUACACAAUUCGGUGCAAAUGUUGUUGCACUACAUCAUUCCAUUGCUUGGAUAGACGCAAUGAAUUUCGACAUAAACCGAUGGCUUGGCGAUAAAGCAUCAAGCAUCCCAACUGAUGCUUACUCACCCUUUGGAUUCGGUCCCCGAGCAUGUAUUGCAGAAAAACAUCUAUUUAAUCUAUUGACUGGUAUCUUAGCGGUACUUUUAUAUCACAAUGACUUCGAUAAAACCGGCCCGUUACCAGAAGCCACUGAAGGUACAUUUGGUUUAGUGAAUUUACCGCCAAAAUACGCAUUGAAAGCCACACACCUUAGUGGAAAAUGA